CAUCACCUGUGAUUUGUGUUGAUAGUCACGUUGGCACGAAAACUCUGUUUUGAUAUAGCGAAUAUCAUGAAACUUUCUUGGCUUCCUAUUUGGGCUACGGCCACCGGCUCUUGUACUGGAGUCUGCGCAGCUUCAAUUAGAGUCGAGCCUCGACACAACCACUCACAACAUAACAAUCGGAAAAACGACAGAGUAAAGGUUGACAUCAUGUAUGAGUCCAUGUGCCCCUUCUGUCAGAGACUUAUCACACAACAACUGUCGCACAUUAUGAAGAGUGAUAUUGCUGACUACAUCGACCUACGCCUGUAUCCGUAUGGCAACGCACUCGAACGCGGCGGCGAGAUCGCAUGCCAGCAUGGUCCUGCGGAAUGCUUGCUGAAUAAGGUGUCCGCUUGUGCAAUCAGGGAGUUGCACACUGACUCUCAUCAGAUCACGAACGUUCUCACAUGCCUCGAGAGCAUCGCAGGAAGUCCCGACACCCAAUGGCGACAAUGCCUGACUGAAGCCGGUGGUAAAAAGGCAACCAUACAAGACUGUGUCACCUCCGUGAAAGGUUCAAAACUUAUGAAGGCUGUCGCUGCUUACUCCAAGACUGUUGGAUAUGAGUAUGUCCCGUGGAUCGAAGUAGACGGAAGACAUGCCAAGCCAGCCGAGGAGAAUCUGACAGAGUUCCUUUGCAGGAGAAUCGGCAACAGAGGGCCACACGCCUGCGCGAUGCUAUCUCUCCUAGAUACGACACAUGUUCUCCUUGAUCACCAGCGAUGCUUCAAAUACCCAACUGUCCAAGGCUGAAAGUUCCGAUGGGAUAUUGCUUAUCUAGAGUGCACUGACGUGUGUCGAACGGCUGUCGCCACAGGCCUGCAGACGACAAUGCUCGCCAAUUACUUCUGUGCAAGUGACCCACUACAAGCACUCACAAUUCCUUGUUCUGCGUUGAAUCAACGUCAGUCAAUGCCUUGAGGUUGUCAGAGUUUCAUAACUCUGAAAAAUGUAUACUCUUGUUUGGCAUUGAAUCAGGGUCUCGACAGUUUAGGCCGACCAGCUCAUACAAGGCGUCAUACUUUUCACUUUUUAACACAGUGGCGCUAACUUAGUCUCCGCUUUCGCAUCAGAACUUUCCCUAAUCCUGCCCGGCAGAUGCGAUCGCUUGCUUCCGGCCAGCAAAUAGCGUAUCCAACGUUCCAUCUGAUUGCAGUGCACAAGCAACAGCCAAGGCAAACUAUCACUGCAGGCGACCCUACCGGCGCCAACGUAUGCAGUGGAAGUUUUCUGCCGCAACACAGCAUCUUGCGCUGUAUGUUGUAGACAAACACCUUGGCAAAAGAGGGGAAGCGGCAACUCUCCUCUUCGAUGGGGUCACUUAGGCACUGCGUAGUGUGCUAUGGAAAACUUUCAUGUAUGGUCCGAUACGAAGUGCAAAGCCAAGACCGUUUGAUCGGAUUAUUUUGUUAAUCAGUUGAUUGGAUUAUUUUGUAAAUCGUGCUACGGCAGUGGAACUUCCGAUUUACGCGAACUGAGUGGUACACUCCCGAUAAUAUGCUGAAACAAAUGGACGAGCCACGGGACAAGAGAGAAACGGGCACCUGAUUGAAAGGCA